AUGUUCGCUGCACUUCCCCCCAUGCAGCAGCAGUUCAAUUUCUCGCAAUGCGCUACCGCGCCCGCACCACCAUCUCCACUUUCACCUCGCAGUUCGCCGGCCCGCCCAAUGGCCUCACUAUCCUCCUCGCCGUUCCACUUCUCCCCAGCACCAGAAAAUCAAACCAACACACCCGUCGCGCCACGAACAAAGUCGGAAAGUAUAUUUUUCGGGUCUCCGGUCUCGCCCUCGCCUUCGAAGGGCGUGGGUACGUCCUCCCGCUCCAAGACUUCGCCUACAUACGCUCAGCGGUAUGCGAGCACCAUAUCUAAUCCGUUGAAUAACGCGUCCAAGAAUGGUGCCGCUUCUUCUUCGCCGUCGGCCCGCGAAACGAGACGCAACGUUUUCCUAAACCGGAUCAAGCAAGGGCGCGACGAUGCGCGUUUCGCUAAUAGAGGCGAGCAGCUGGUGUUGAUGGAGCAUGCGGCGGAGCAGAAGAAGUGGGGCGAGUCGAUGCGGAGGAGGACGGAUGGGAUUCUGCAGGGAUACUUGAGGGAUUUGGAAGAGAGUGUAGAUGAUAUGCUUGACGAGGCGGAUAUCCAGGCUCUGGAUGAGUAUCUGUCGCAGGAACAGGCAAUGGAGAUGGAGUUGCUUGAGAAUGUGGAUAUGCAGACGCCCUCUGGACAAGUUGCUGGGAAUGCAUCGCAAGACGCAGGCUCAUCGUUCAGUGAUGACGAGUACGAGGAUAUAUUCAUGGAUUUAGCCGACCACACAGCGCUGAGUCAGGAUAUGGAUAUGUCGGGGUGA